AUGGGAAAAAUUAAUUUUUUUUUUCUAUUAAUUUUAUCAUUUUUGAUUAUUUACGAGGGUGUUUUGUGUAAAUUAGUGUCCUCAAACGUGACGGAAACUUUGGAUUUUUUAUUGGGGAGUAAAAGAUAUGAUAAAAGGUUGAGACCUGGUUAUGGAGGACCCCCGAUAACGAUUUCGGUUAAUUUUUUUAUAAAAAGUAUGGGACCCGUAUCGGAUAACGAUGAAAGUUUCGGUUUAGAUUGUUAUUUUCGACAACAUUGGUAUGAUUGGCGUUUACAAUAUCAAAAAAUUCCAGGUUUAGAUGAGUUUUCGAUGUCGUGGCUUUUUCUGGAUCGCGUGUGGAAACCGGAUACUUAUUUCGUCAACGGUAAAAAAUCAUAUUUGCAUAGGAUUACGGUACCUAAUAAAUUUCUCAGGCUCAGGCACGAUGGUUUUAUUACUUAUUCGAUGAGGCUUACCAUAAGUGCAAGUUGUCCGAUGUAUUUGAGAAAAUUUCCAUUGGAUUUACAAAAAUGUCCGCUCGUUUUGGGAAGCUACGGUUAUACCGAUAAAGAUUUGAUAUAUAAAUGGACGGAUGAAGAUGCAAUAGGUAUGCAAGAAGGUGUUGAAAUCGCACAAUUCGAUUUGGUUAACGUGACAACUCAAAAAAGUACCACGAUGGUCAAAGGUGGUCUACCAUAUUCGACAAUCAAAGCUGAUUUUUGGUUAAAAAGACACACCGGGUACUUUAUGCUACAGGUUUACAUACCUUGCGGUUUAAUUGUUGUUUGUUCUUGGAUAAGUUUUUGGAUUGAUCCUGAUGCCGUACCUGCCCGUGUUAAUCUUGGUGUGACAACUGUUUUAUCCCUGACGACGUUGGGUUUUGGUGGAAGAUCACAAAUGCCUAAAGUUUCCUACUGGACUGCUUUGGAUUGGUUUGUCAUUAUAUGUUUUACAUCCGUUUUUUCCGUAAUGAUAGAAUAUGCGAUUGUUAAUUAUAAAGAUAAAUUUAUUAAAGAACUUAAAAAAAUUAUUAAAAAACACGAAGAUGAUAAUGAUGAUGAUGAUGAUGUUGGUUCGAAAAUCGAGGAACAAACGAAAACAAUAACGACGAGAAAACGUUCAGCAUCGUUUUCAUGUCCGACAACAAAACCUGAAAAAGAAGAAGAAGAAGAAGGAAAAAAAUUAAAGCAUAGAGUUACGAUCGAAACAAAACCGGAAAUUGAUUAUACAGAAUCGAAAAAAUUACAUAAAAGACAAAGAGUUACAGCUGUCGUUACUUAUUUAAAACCAUUCGAAACAUCAAAAAUAAAAUGGAAAUCCAUUUCGAAUUUUCCAAUGGAAAAAGAAAAAAUUGAUUUGGAAAAAACAAGUCGUGGUUCGUUGGAAAAACCAGGAAAUGAUUUCAAACCACCGGAAAUAGUAUUAAACGUUGAUUCUCACGAACCUCACGAAAAAAUAAAUGAAAACGAUGAGAAAACAAUAUACGAUCGUAUGAAAAAAUUUAAAAAACCUGGAAAAUUAUGGAAAUCAUUAAAAACCUAUUGGAAAAAAUUAUUUUUAAUUGAAAAUUUAAAAACGGAUCCAACGGGAAAAUUUUCCAAUUUGGACGUACAUUCUAGAAAAAGUUUUCCGGUUGCAUUUAUCAUAUCACUAAUUAUUUAUUUAUUAGCUUUCACGUAUUAUUUAACCGACGACAUAUCUGAAAAUGUUUUAGAGUCUUCUAUCAUUUAA